GUAACAAUAUACAACACGCUUUUCGAGCGUUGUCAAAUUGUAACAAGUCACAACGCAAACAUUUUCUGACUCUUGACUUUGAAAACUAAAAACAUAGCCUCAAUUAAAAAAAAAAAAUGUCAACACAAAUGUAAUUUUUAUAAUUACUUGCUAUUCGCGUUUAUGUAUGAUCCAGUGCAACUGACGAAUAGAUUAACCAUUUUUUAUUGUAGCUUUCAGUGUGUUGCUUUAAUAGUGUCAUCAUGCGUACGCCAGUAAUUCUUUUGGCUUGUGGCUGCUUCAACCCCACAACCAAUAUGCAUUUGAGAAUGUUUGAAAUCGCUCGAGACUAUUUACAUCGAAUGGGCCAGUAUGAGGUAGUCGGUGGGAUUAUUUCACCAGUCCACGACGCUUAUGGGAAAAAAGAACUAGUUUCAGCCACCCAUAGGCUAAAUAUGAUUAAAUUGUCCCUUCAGGGAAAUGAGUGGGUCAAGUUAUCGGACUGGGAGUCGAGACAAGAGACUUGGACUAGAACAAGACAAAUUUUACAAUAUCAUCAGAAUCAAAUUAAUGCCUAUUUGAAAUCGGAAAACAACGUAGACAUCAAUGAGGAUGAGCUGAAGUGGAUGCCUGAUAACAUUAGCCGUUAUUGUGGAACAAAUCAGGGCAUCAUCGUAAAACUUCUAUGCGGCGCAGAUUUACUCGAAUCGUUUGGUACUCCAGGAUUGUGGGCUGAUGAUGAUAUUGAAUCUAUUGUGGGCCAACACGGUUUGAUUGUAAUUACGCGAUGCAACAUGAAUCCUACAGAAUUCAUCUAUAAUUCGGAUAUAUUAACGAAAUACAUGGCAAAUAUCACCAUAGUGACCGAAUGGAUUAGGAACGAAAUUAGUUCUACGAAGAUCAGAAGAGCGCUUAGGCGAUCGGAGUCAGUAAAAUACUUAAUUCCUGAUAUAGUAAUCGAGUACAUUCACAAACAUUCUUUAUAUGGUUCCCAGAAGACUAAGUACUUAACUCCCAAUGAUGGCAUUCACCCGAUUCUCCUUACACCAUCUCCUUCAGAUGUGUCGGCAGACUUGCCAAGUCCAACAAAUUGUCUAUACAUUUGCAAUAAUAACAUAUUCAAUCGUAAUUCGCGAUUGGACAAAAUGUCUGUCGGCAGCAUAGACUCCUUUAAAAGUCACAUCCAAAUCCCUACAACGCGACAUCCAGGACAGGCCGUUAAGAUUGUUACCGAAAGUUCUGGAGAUCACCGAAUUCUACGAGACGAGACAUCUCUAGAACGACCUGCAUGUUUGUAGAUGCCCUUGGUGUUUGGGGGCGUUGCCUGUGCCCCUUUAGUUAUUUCCUAAGCUACAUAGAUAUACUUUCUAGAGAUAUUGUACUAUUUGCUAUACUAUCGGGCUUUUUUUCUAGAUUAAUUCAAAUUUACUUUGCAACCAUCGGUUCGCCCUUUUUUUGGCUCCACACACGGACAUUAUUUUAGACUUUCAGAAUAAUUGGUGAUUAUUCCAGCUGAAAGUUUUACUCAUGCUAAAAAGACACAAACUUGAAUAUUAGCUUCAAACACUUUUCGUGAUAUAAGUAAUUGAAUAUCUGUGAAGAAUCUAAGUUUUGUGAUACUUUGUAUGUUUUAUGUGCAGGGUAUAUUGGAGUUAGGUAAUUAGUGGUUAGAGAAAAACAUAUUUUAAAUAUGCCUUGAAUCUUUAUGUUAUUUUUUUUAAAGAUUUUUCACAUGUAGUUAAUUGUAAUAUUUGUUAGGCGUUUAUAAUUAGGAAUCCACUCGGGUAAGUUGAUGAAAGCACUUAUUUAGGUGACCAAUUAAAUGUAUGUCGCUUGUACUACUUGGAAAUUAGUCUUUAAUAAAACAGUUUUAUCUAAAA